AAAAAUAUUCCUAUUUAUUUCACACCCGAUUUACUCUCCUCACACACCUAAAUAUACUUGAGUAAUUGAGUCACUCUAAAUUUACCUUAGUCUACACUUAAAGAACAACAACUUCAACCUCAAAUACCAAACAAUUCUCCUUAUUCCCUCACAAACAAAAUUUCCUAUUACCUAAGAUGUCUUUACAAGAACAACCAAUGCAGCAACAACAACAGCAGCAACCAGUUCAAGUCUAUCCAACCACUGUCACAUACCAAUAUGCACCACCUGAACCUGACCACCAUUCAUCCAAUGGAUCAUUUGGGUCAGUAUUUGUUGUCUUAGCCAUCAUAAUAGUAAUCUCUGCUGUUGCUUGUUGUCUUGGAAGGUUUUGCAGCCGCCGCGGCAACGGCAAAAGCCACAGUCAGAAACCAGUUAAGCAUCAAAAGCAGCAGAAUCACCAACACUCACGUCCAAAAGAAGUUGAUAUUGAAUUUGGAUUUGACAAAAAGAUUGCAGCUUCUAAGCCUAUGAAUAAUGGACAUGGAGGCUUUCCAAAAAAUAAUGGACAUGGUGGCUUUUCAAAAAAUAAUGGACAUGGAGGUGUUAGAGUACAGAAGCCAGUUGCUCAAGGUCACCAUGAUAUGAAGAGUUUUGAAAUAAAGCUUGGUCCUCCUCAAGGAAAGUAUAGGCCAGGUGCAUAAUGGAGUUACAAGAGAGUAUUAUGUAGACAUAAUCCAUCUUCUUAAUUAUAUCAAUCAUUUUGUUGCUAUUUAUCUUCUCUGUUUUUCUCUGUCUCUUAGAUUUCCAAGUGCAAGAUGAAAUGUAUAAUUAUCUUUUCUAUUUCUUUUUUGCAUACCAAUGUUUUAUUAUGGAUUGUGAAAGUAAAAACAAUGUAAACAUUUAGAAAUAAUUAAAUUAAAA